CAGCCACCAAGUAUAGAAAGGCCAGCGCUCCCUUCGAUACCUCGAUGUCGAACGCCCAACGCCUCAUUUGCAGAUCCCAAUCACCUACCUCACGAUGAAGUUCAACGCUCUUGUCCUCUCUCUCAUCCCCGCUGCGUUGGCCCUUCCUGCCACCAGCAGCAGCAGCGGCGACGCGAGCAUCUCGACUCGCCAGAGCGCCAACACCAUCACGGACCAACUCCUCUUCAGCGUCACUCUUCCGCAGUUCACUGCCCGUCGCAAUGCGCGGGACCCGGCAACCCUCGACUGGACAUCCGACGGCUGUACCUCGUCGCCCGAUAACCCGUUCGGAUUCCCCUUCGUGCCGGCAUGUAACCGCCAUGACUUUGGCUACAACAACUACCGGUUGCAGAACCGGUUUACCAAGAGCGCUAAGCUGAGUAUUGAUACUAAUUUCAAGGCCGACCUGUACUACCAAUGCUCGUCCGUGACCGUCAAGGCGGUAUGUAAUGCCCUGGCGGAUGUGUACUACGCCGCCGUGAGAGCGUUUGGCGGUGGCGAUGCGACGCCCGGGAAGAGAUCUCAGGAUGAUCUCGUCAAGGAUUACGAGGACAAGUUGGCUGUCUACAAUCAGCUUGUGGAGGAGGCUCAGCAGAAGGGAGAGUUGCCCGUGCUGUGAAAGGCGGCUAAACUGGCUUGACGAGUUGUUGGAGGGAGAUCAUCUGAAAAGAGUAGGUUGAGAGCUUGGGGCGAAAUAAAGAUUAAUUCCUAUAAUUAUAUGUGACUUUGACCCAAACUUGCACUGUCAAUCAGUAGCCCACGCUCUUUCCAGACAGUUUUUUUUUGUUUCAGUCUGCAAAUUAAGAAACUGAACAUUUCUUGCCUCUUGUCCUUUUACUCAAAUGCUUUGUAGUGUGAAGAGUAUCACCCAUAAUUAUUAUGCCUUUUAAUAUCCUGC